UCAUCUUUCUCAGGAGGAUGGUAGCUUUUUAGAGGAUGGUGACCUCAGUUCAAGGAUCUUUCGUUUGAGUCCUUGUCUUUGGCUAAAUGAACCGCAGAGCUCACAUUUGUCGGAACUUGGCUGUGUUGUCCUGACUCAGAGGAGAAACUCGUCUCUCGCAGGCCUCGCCUGGGUUGCAGCCUUUGAAAACAAGGGAAGGUCGGCACAAUAUCAACUACCAGACAGCAUGGGAUUUCCGGAGAGGGCUUAUUUCAAGACUUUAUAAAGAACGAACCCUAUGGAUUUCUGGGAAACUGAACUGGCCUGACCCCGAGGGAAAGGAUGUGUGCCCAGCCUGUAACUACCACCACUGAGACCAGGUGGCAGAAGGUCCUGUACGAGCGACAGCCUUUUCCUGAUAACUAUGUGGACCAGCGGUUCCUGGAAGAGCUCCGGAAGAACAUCCAUGCCCGGAAGUACCAGUAUUGGGCUGUGGUAUUUGAGUCCAGCGUGGUGAUACAGCAGCUGUGCAGUGUCUGUGUUUUUGGGGUCAUCUGGUGGUAUAUGGACCAGGGUCUUCUGGCCCCUCAUUGGCUUUUUGGGACUGGCCUGGCUUUGUCACUGAUUGGCUAUGUUUUGUUUGAUCUCCUUGAUGGAGGUGAGGGACGGAGGAAGAGCGGGCGGACUCGGUGGGCUGACCUCAAGAGUGCCCUGGUCUUCAUUACUUUCACGUACGGCUUUUCACCCGUGCUAAAGACCCUGACAGAGUCCGUCAGCACUGACACCAUCUACGCCAUGUCAGUCUUCAUGCUCUUAGGCCACCUCAUCUUCUUCGACUAUGGUGCCAAUGCUGCCAUUGUUUCCAGCACCUUGUCCUUGAACAUGGCCAUCUUUGCUUCUGUCUGCCUGGCCUCACGCCUGCCCCGGACCCUGCAUGCCUUCAUCAUGGUGACGUUUGCCAUCCAGAUUUUUGCCCUGUGGCCCAUGUUACAGAAGAAACUGAAGGCGUGUACUCCCCGCAGCUAUGUGGGAGUCACGCUGCUCUUUGCGUUCUCAGCCUUGGGGGGCCUGCUGUCCAUCAGUGCGGUGGGAGCCACCCUCUUUGCGCUUCUGCUGGUGUCCAUCUCCUGCCUCUGCCCUUUCUACCUCAUUCGCCUGCAGCUUUUUAAAGAAAACAUUCAUGGGCCUUGGGAUGAGGCUGAGAUUAAAGAAGACUUGUCCAGGUUCCUCAGCUAAGUUCGGCGCCUCCAUCCCAUUACUUAGGCAAGUGAUAGGGCAGCCUCCAGCUGGGAUCCGAUCGAAGGCAGAGUUCCAUUCUGGAAGCAGCAGGCUGAUGCGGGUGGGAGAACGGAGAUCAGGAGAAGUGAACCAAGGGCUUGGGUGGUGAAUGUGCUUGUCUUUUCUGUUGUUUGGUGGAUGAAAAAGCUUUCUGGGGCCCUCAAGGAUGGUUUCCUCCCAUGUUUUACUCACUGUAACAAAUGAAGUGAUGCAGUUUCUAUUUAUUAAACACUAACAGCAUAUCCAUCAAA